UAUUUACAACGAACAGCAUGGCGGCAAAUGAGAAAUCGUUAAAUAGUAGAAAAGAAUCAUUAAUAUUAGAACUCUAUAAAGUAGAGGCUGUGAAGUUUGGAAAUUUUAAGUUGAAAAGUGGCAUUGAUUCUCCAGUAUAUUUUGAUUUGCGUGUCAUUGUGUCAUAUCCCUCUCUUUUGAAUGAAGUAUCGGAAUUGACAUGGGAGGUGGCUAAAUCAGCUGACUGUCGUUUUGACUCUGUCUGCGGCGUUCCGUACACAGCACUUCCAAUAGCUACAUGCUUCUCUGUUCACCACAAUGUGCCGAUGUUAAUUCGCAGAAAAGAGGCAAAAGAUUAUGGUACAAAGAAGAUGGUGGAGGGUCACUACAGGGAGGGAGAGAGCUGUCUGAUCGUGGAGGACGUGGUAACUAGUGGUGGCUCUGUCAUGGAAACAGUUCAGACCCUUCAGUCAAUAUCAGUAAGAGUUACUGACGCUGUAGUUCUACUGGACAGGGAACAAGGUGGACAAACAGCUCUGAAGAAAAAAGGCAUAACACUUCAUAGUGUUUGUACUUUGACAACAGUACUAGAAGUGUUGGAAUCUCACGGAAAGUUAGAUAAAAGCAUCGUAGAGAGGACCAGAAGAUUUAUCGAGGAGAACAGAUUCGACGGGGAAACUCCGACAAAUGGCUCAGAGAAAAUUGUACCAGAUCCAAACAAGAAAACAAAAUUUACAGUCUUUAGUUACGCAGACAAAAUGAAAAUGUGCAAAAAUGCUGUUCUUCGUGGAUUGUAUGAAAUAAUGGACAAAAAGAAAAGUAACCUGGCUAUUUCUGUUGAUCUCACUACCUCAGAAGAAAUAUUAAAGUUGUUGGAUGCUGUUGGACCUUAUAUAUGUAUAGCGAAGACUCACGUGGACAUCGUCACAGAUUUCUCCGAGAAAUUUAUCCACUCACUGACAGAUCUGGCCGUAAAACAUAACUUCCUACUGUUUGAGGACAGGAAGUUUGCAGACAUUGGAAACACGGUAAAGCAUCAGUACAUGGGAGGAAUCUACAAGAUCAGUUCCUGGGCCGACAUCGUUAACUGUCACCCCGUCCCUGGGGAGGGGGUUAUACAGGGUCUCAAGGAGGUUGGUCUACCAUUAAACAGGGGUUGUUUGCUAAUAGCAGAAAUGAGUUCUAGUGGCAGCUUAGCAAAAGAUGACUACACAAAAGCUGUGGUUAGUAUGGCGGAGAGACACAAGGACUUUGUGGUUGGAUUCAUCUGUCAAUCAAAAUUGAUCUCUGACCCUGAUCUCAUCCAUAUGAUGCCAGGUGUGCAACUGAAUGCGAAGGGAGACAACUUGGGACAGCAGUAUACAUCUCCUGAGGAGGCUGUUAAGUCACAUGGUGCUGAUGUCAUCAUUGUUGGGCGCGGCAUCACCAAGGCAACUGAUCCUGUAGCUAUGGCAAUACAGUAUCAAUCAGCAGGAUACAAUGCCUAUCAAGAACUAUUACAGUGAACUUUAAAGUGACCUACUGCUACAUAAUUAUAUUCACUUGUGCCAGUCAUACUCAUAACCAGAUUAUAAUAUUUGAUGGGUCUAAAGAAGACUAUCCUUACUCCAGACAGUCUUGCAAUUUACAAGUUCAUUUAUAAAAAUGUGUUCAGAAUUUGUUGUCUAUAUCUGUAGACUUCUAUAAAUUAUUAUAUCUU